GACACAUAAUUUCCUUGGUUGAACAUGCCUACUAAAUGUGUGAUAUUUUGUAUUUUUUAUUUUACGUAUCUUGCGGACGUUGUAUGAAGAUUUUAAUAUUAAAAUACUGAAAUAUCCUACCUUUAACUAUUAAUAUAUAACUUUUUUUUUAAUUAUAAUUAUUACCUUUUUUUCCUUAUAAUGACACUGUUUAAGCUUAAAACGACGACAACAAUUCUCAUAGAAGAAGAUUAUAAUAAAAAUUCUUUACCUCUACUUCAAAGCCUCGUACAAGAUGAUUACAUGUUGAACAUUUUCUGUUUUGAACAGCCAGCAGCCUUAUGGCAAGGUGUAUUUAAAGAAAAGCGAUGUCAAUUCUAUAGUGAAAUAUGUCUAGAAACAUUGGAGAGACCGAAAGAAAAAACUGCAAUAAUUAUCGAUUCUGUUAAUCAAAUGGGCCUCUUGUUAGGAUGGAACAAUUGCCUGAAGAUUAUUAAAAAUUUUCAGCAUGACUCUAAUGUUUCGAAGCUUAUUAUAAUAUUACACAAAGAUUGUAUUUUACUUAAUUCAAAGUUGCAAAUACACUUGAAUCACAUAGCCCACGCAAUAGUUACCUUUGAUACAAAGAAAAAUGACAAAUUGUAUGUACAAAUAAAAAAGGCUGGCAAACUCGUGAGCAGUGAAGAAAUUAUGUCAUAUGAUACUAGAACAUGUUAUUUUAAACUAUCACCCAUCGUUAAAUUAAGUAAAAAAGAUGAAGUUGAGAAGGUUACUCCUGGCAAUCUUACAACAUUUAAGAUAGAGACAGAUCAAAUAUCACAGUUAGAGAAAAAUAAAUUGCAACUGCCUUACAUGAGUAAAAUUAAUGAAGGCCAAGGGAGAGUUUUUUAUGAACCUGAUGCUGUUGAUGACUGGGAUGACGAGGAUCCUGAUGAUGAUCUUGAUAUUUAAUAAAGUGUAAAUAAUA